AUGAAGACUGGUAUUCACGUGUUUGCGUUUAAACUCACCUUACUUUUGCUGGACUUUGUUUUGCCACCCAUGCUUUCGGCAGCCAAGCUUAACAGAAAUUGUACUAGUGAUUGCACCUGUGAAAAGAUAGACGGAGGCGCCAAAAACAUUUUGGUGAUGGAGUGUAGAAAGAAAGAUACGAUUUCUGGUAUCCCUCGAAUUGAUCCAGAUUUAAUGGCCAAUGUCACCGAGCUGUUAAUUGAGAAGCAAUCAAAUUUUACACAUCUAGACAAUUCAACUCUUCAAUACUACUCAAAUCUGGAACGAUUAUUGAUUGAAGAUACUGGAUUGAAGUGGAUAGACUCCAAUGCUCUCAAACCGAACAAACAGCUGAAAACUUUGUUUUUAAGACGUAACAAGCUGACGUACCUUUCUUGGGAAGUAAUUGUGGAUUUGCCGAUUCUUAAACUGUACUUAAACGAUAAUCCCUUGCCGUGCAAUUGUUCCUCCAAAUGGAUUCAAGAGCUGCAGAAAAAGAAAAAUCACGUGUUAGGGGCACUUGCCUCUGAAGAUUUAAGGUGCCUCGUACCGGAUACCGAUGAGUCAUCAGGGCCAAUAAUGCAAAAACUCAGGAAUGUAAGGCUUCAGGGUUGUGUUUUACCGUCGGUUGACAUCAAACCAAAAACGCCUAUCAUAAACGAGAGCAGCCAAAUCGUGCUCACGUGUAAGGGUACAGGCGAACCCAAACCAACAGUUGCCUGGGAGACCCAGUAUCUAAAUUCGUCGUUCUACGUCAAAUCCAGAGAAGAGGGCAGUGUGGUUGACCUUGUUAUCACGAGUGCCAAUGCCAGCGACUCGGGUUGGCUGACAUGCAGUGCUCGAAAUGUGGCGGGAAAAACAGCAGACACAAUGCUGUUAAGAGUAAAUUCUCCACCUCAGAUCCUUGUUUUAAAACCUCCCGUUCAGAGAUUCCAUUACUGUAUCCAAUUCGAGGUGUCCGGAUAUCCUAUCCCGGAGAUAUCUUGGUUGCACGAGGGCGAGAAGCUGAGAAAGAAAUCUACAGUGUACACCUAUUAUUCCGAACAACCGAAAGGAAUAUUUAAAACUACCGGAUGUUUAAUUUUUGAGAUGAAAAAUGCUAAAUAUAAUGGAAUCUACACUUUAAUUGCCAAAAAUGACUUUGGAAUUGCUAAUAAGACAGUAAAAGCUGAUUUCAUGGUCGGAUCGGCUGCAGUAAUCGGUCCGGCAUCCGGGUCUUUUCUGAAGCCCAGACUUCCGGGACGGAGAAAUGUCAAUCCCUUAUUACCUUUUCAAAGGAGCUCUAAAGAAAAAGACCCUCCAACCACAACGUUUGUAAAGAAACAGGAUUCUCCGGCUGUGUAUAUCGCCAUUGGAAUAUCAGUUUUUGUUUUCCUCGCCGUUGUGUUGGCGACCAUUUUCUUUGUUGUUCGUCAUUAUCGCCAAAAAGCUACACGUCACACACAUCACGUGACCUUCUCAUCCAAUAGCUCACAGCGACCACUGCUGAAUUCUGAUAGUACCGUGUCAUCAAAAACCCAACCGCAUCAAAUGACUGUCAUGCCUCUGACCUCCAUGAAAAUAGUAGAAAACCCAGCAUAUCAAAUCAAGAGUGCAAACUGUAAAAACUCUUCCAUAUUUUAUAUAAAAAGAGCAGCUAUUGAAUUCGUGCGAGAAUUAGGAGAAGGGGCGUUUGGGCGAGUUUUCUUGGGAACCUGUAAGGACCUUACGUCACCAGGCGAGGUUACCAUGGUAGCCAUUAAGACACUGAAAGAUGCUGCCAUGGAAGACGCGAAGGUGAACUUUGACCGAGAGGCGGAGUUAUUAGCUACUUUACUGCAUGACAACAUAGUCACGUUUUACGGAGUGUGUGUCGACACGGAUACCUCUAUGAUGGUAUUUGAGUAUAUGGAAAAUGGUGACCUGAAUAAUUUUUUAAGAUGCAACGGUCCAGAUGCCAAAUUCCUCAAUAAGAGUACAUCGUUUGUAAAACCCCUUUCCAAAAUCGAACUACUUCAUAUUUCAAAUCAAAUUGCCAACGGGAUGGAAUACCUUGCGUCCCAGCAUUUUGUUCAUCGAGACUUGGCAACAAGGAAUUGUUUGGUUGGAGACAAAAUGAUCGUCAAAAUUGGAGAUUUUGGAAUGUCACGUGAUGUCUACAGCACAGACUAUUACAGGGUAGGCGGAUCUACUAUGCUUCCAGUGAGGUGGAUGCCACCUGAAUCCUUGCUUUAUAGAACAUUUACCGUUGAAUCGGAUGUUUGGAGUUUUGGUGUGGUUUUAUGGGAAAUUUUUACAUACGGGAGACAACCGUGGUACGAAUUGUCAAAUCAUGAGGUCAUUCAUUACGUAACAAACGGAAGUACGUUACAGCCACCCGGAACUGACAUAUGCCCGGAAGACGUUGCAAAAUUGAUGGCGUCAUGUUGGAAAAGGCAACCUCAUGAUCGUUUAUCAAUAAAAGAAAUUCACUACAAACUUGAUAGAAUAUGUAUGUCACAACCGACGUAUCUGGACUUAAUAGCCUGAAAUCUAGCGUCAUAAGCGCUGAGUCGGAAUAAUGCCGUGUCCUCAAGGCUUCAUUCCAGACGUGGUUUCUUCGAGACUUCCGGGAUUUUUUCAUCAUUUGUGGAGAGUGACAGAAGCAGAACCUCUGAUGUGUAUAUAAAAAUCCUCUUUAUUAUCACAGUUUUCGAGGGAUAAUCAAUAUAAUUUGUUCUGAGUUACCUUUUUAUAGGAAUUUACAAAAACAAGUCUCGACGAUGAAAGGGUCGCUAUCGACUGGGAUGAAAAGGCCUUUGAGUGCCCACGUGAGAUAACAGACAGGUCUGCUGAGAACAUAAAGGGGAUAUUUUUGGUGGAGAAAUAUCAUUCUUUGUUUCUUUUUCAUGAAACUUGAUAUAAACUUGCCUUUGAAUAUAGAAUUCCAAUGUUUUAAAAACUGUCAGUUUACUGGCAGUAUAACACUACUUCAUGCUGCUGACUGAAUGUGGUAUCGACCGGUGUCACGAUGCAUUUCCAUGUACAUGUACGUGCAAAGAAAAUGAAAUAUCUGAAAUACUCAAUCACUUUGUUUUCAGGUGUUGUCUUCAACGGACAUUUUCUAGGAUUUCCGUGUAGGGUCUACAUGUUUAUCAUUGUCUUUGCAAAAAUUAUA